AUGUACGACUACGAGGGUGGUUUGUUUGGAUGCUUCAAGGAUAUCACAGGAUGCUUAUUCUCAAUGUGUUGCGCCCCAUGCUCAAAUGGUGAGAACUGGGCCAAGGUUCGUGAUGAAGAAUGCACAUGGUGCCAUGUUUGCAUGGUUGUCCAUCCUUACUGGGUUCGCAAGUCCGUCCUCAAAAAGAGAGGCGAGAGCGGCAGCAAUGUUGCUGACUGCCUCAUUACUACAUUCUGCGCAGAAUGCGUUAUUUGCCAGGAUCGCCGUGAACUUAUUUCCAGCUAA